UAUUCCUUUUUUGUUAAAUAACUAUAACUUCCGUAUUAACUAGCUUUUACUAAAUACACGAAUUCGAUAAUUGAAUUAAAUAUAUUUAUACAGACACGAAAACGAAUCGGGACUUGCGUUUAAACUAUCAUAACUCAUUUACCAUGCAUAUAGAUACCAUUACGUCAGCUUUUUGAAAUUUUACUAAUUUGAGUGAUUACGUAAUACAUGUAUAAAUCAGUCGCCUUUUUUAUAACGAAAUAAUCUGUGUUAGUUGGAUUUGGAACUGCUAAAUGAAAUGGACGAACUAGGUAUCGAUGUUCGAGACAAGGAUGCGGAUCCUGAGUCCGAAGUAAAGGCGAUGUACAAAGGAGGUGGUGCUCGUCCGAUUGACACAAAGGUGUUAGACUCAAGAUUAAGGCUGCACUCUCACAGAUUGAACGUUUUGACAACUUUUUUUUAUUUUUUUUUGUCUUGGAAGGAGCCAAAUUUUGCGAAAAUCCACGGAAACCACUUAUAUAAGACUGCUGACAAAAAUUAGAUCGCCGAUUUUUAUAUAUAAAUUCAAAAAUUGAUGUUUUAUGCAUUUUUCUUAAACCAUUAGUAACGCUUUAAGCCAUAAACCAUUAAUUAUGAAAGGCCUAAUAUAAUAAUAUUUGAUAUGAAAAUCUGCGAUCUGAUCUUUUGUCAGCAAUCUUAUAACUUGUAAAAAUGGUAAAUCUGUGAGAGUUCAGCUUUAAAAGCAGUUUUUCCUAUCUUAAUUAAUUUUGGUAUUUCCGGAACGAUGUUUCCGUUGCCAUCGUGCAUCGUGAGGGGCAGGGUCGUUUUUCAGUGAUGAUGGUGUUUGUCACAUGCAAAACGUUGAAAACACCAACCCAAAAUUGAGAUUGGACAUAGACGUUGUAUCUCUCUCAGCAGAUAAGCCGUCACGCCAGUCGAAACACAGCGACACCGGUUUGAAGGUUGUUCCUGCGAGUCCUGAAAUCAAUGACCCAAUUGGUGAUAGGUUAACAGAAAGAACGAGAGAAUCCAAAUGCUUUCUGGGUGAUUUAGGAGAAUUGCAAGGAAAAGGGACGGCAGAUACACAACCAUUAAGACAUGAAUUGUGUACAGAUAUGCAAGGGGAGACGGGAAAGAAUGAAACAUUCUUUGUUGAUGAAAAGAUGUCGGUGAUAUAUUCGCGCGUUCGAGAUAUCAGCGCUUCAUUUGGCGACAAAAUCAAGAUCAUCGAAAAGAAUCCACAUGCAGUUGAUGUUGUAGAUAUUCAUGGACCCAAAUACCAACAGUUUAUCGAUGUUUCUGGAAGACGACAACGAAAUGAGAAUCUAGCUGUUGCUGAACAAUUUCCUGAUCUACCGACACCACCGGUCGUUACAGACGGUUUGUUUAUCAAACCAAGAGAGGAAGAUCCAGUCCAAAAUGGAUGGUUACAAGAGAAGGCGCCUUGUGAAACGUUCACUGAACUCUUGGAAGAUGAAGGGUCGUUUUGUUCGAUACAGAACGAAACAGCUAAAGAAAGCAAAUUAGAAGAGGAAGAACUAGAGAUAGGGGCUAAACUCGGAAAAGGGGGCCAGGGAAUUGUCCUGCUGGGUAAACUGCCAGAAACAGGAAAGCUAGUUGCCAUCAAACACGUUCGUAUAACCAAAGGUGUAGAGGCAUUGAGGAGAGAGUAUGAAAUAGCCAUGAUCUUGAAUGGUCAUCCAAACAUCAUAGAAGUGUAUAAAGCAGAGAAGAAAGAUGGCCACUUCCUGACGUACAUGGAGUAUAUGAAAGACGGAGCUGUAAAUAAGCACAGAUGGUAUGGAGAAGGUAAGGAGGAGGAAGGCGUGAAACAUGUCCUUCGUGAAGUGCUGAAAGGACUCCGCCAUAUACACGAUUCUGGCAUUAUACACCGCGACAUUAAAGGUGACAAUGUACUGAAGUCCGGUGACGACAUCAAGAUUGCUGACCUUGGGUCGGCGGUUUGUGCGCCCAGGAUUGGAAAUGGCUAUGGGGACGUUGUAGACAAUACUUUUCAAGGAACUCUGCAUUUUAUAUCAAAAGAGGUGGUUAGAGAACAGCGGUUCAGCACAGCAAGUGACAUCUGGGCUGUGGGGUGUCUUGGGAUUGAACUGGUGACAGGCGAGUUACCUUGGGGUGCUUGUAAAGUGGGAGACUCUGCUGCUCUUCUUUUCAAGAUUGGGAAUACGGACACGCCCCCACCACUCCCGCCCGACAUCUCAGAAUCUCUGCGAAAUUUCCUGAAUCAAUGUCUGCAGAUUGAUCCGCGUGACCGUCCAUCGGCAUCCCAACUGCUACAAGAUAAGAUCUUUGCCGACGUUGAGGAGUAGAGUGAUAUCUAUGCUAAGAUCAGACUCGCACUACUCGUUGACUUGAAAUAAACGCCCUUAAAAAGUAAAAGAAAUCCGUGUUCUCAGUUGAUGCUGGGUGUAGUUUAAGAUAAAUAAACCAAUUAUUUGAUAUUUUGAACCCAUGUAUACUACGUUUUAAAAUGAGUGAUCAAUCGGUCUGUCAAUGUGAAUGCAAGAAACUCAUAAUUGAACUGUUGAAAAAUGCUUGCGUUGUAGUUCUUUCAGCAGAUACCACUUCUGACUGUAUACUAAUAGUCAGUCAUACUGGUCAACAAGUAAUGCAGUGUUCAUUGUUAGUUCGUAUCUGUCGCUAAAUAAAAUAUUGUUUUUGUGUUA